AUGGCCUCCUUUCGUGGCUCGGUACGCCUGGUCGUGAUGGCCGUUGUGGCUUUCAUGCUGGCUAUUGCUUCUGCUCGACCAGCUUCUAUGCGGCUGUCGCGCUCUAUUCCCCAGGCUCCAGCCGAUGACCCGUUCUAUCAGCCACCAACUGGCUUCGAGUCCCAGGCGCAUGGUACCAUUUUGCGUGAUCGUGAGAUUAGUGUCGCUUUCCUGGGAUUGAUACCAGACCCUGUCAAGGCAUACCAAUUGCUGUACCGCACGACGUCCAUCAACGGUUCGGCUAUUGCUGGCGUGACGACCAUCUUCGUGCCCUUGAACGCGAAGAAAGACCGGUUUUUGUCAUUCCACACUGCGUACGAUAGCUCAGCAACCAUCUGCAAUCCGAGCUACAAUUACCAGCUUGGCGCCGCGCAGACCGACAUCAUCUCCUCCGCCGAGCAGUUGAUUCUGCAAGUCUACCUGCUCAUGGGCUACAUCGUCACCUCGCCCGACUACGAGGGACCUGAUGCAGCCUUUGGCCCGGGCCACUUGGAGGGAAUGGGUGUGUUGGAUAGUAUGCGAGCCGUUUCCAACUUCAAAACAUUAGGCCUGUCCACUGCCACGCCUAUGAUCGUGGGUACUGGGUACUCGGGUGGUGCCAUUGCAACCGGUUGGGCAGCUUCCCUGCAGCCCACUUAUGCCCCCGAGUUGAACAUCAAGGGCUGGGUGCAGGGCGGGACACCUGCCAACCUGACUGGUACAUUGGUCUUCGUCGAUAACACGCUCUUCAGCGGGUUCCUUCCUGCUGCUGUUGUGGGUCUGGCGAUGCCCAGUGCUUAUGGUGCCGAACUGAACCCAAUUAUCGAAAGCAUCAUGACUCCAAAGGGUGCCAAAGCUCUGGAGACGGCAAGGACGACCUGCGCGGUCGGAGAUUUGAUCGCCUUUCCCGAGAUGUCUUUGCUGUCCACGGAUUUUCAAAGCCUGGGUGACCGUCUGCUCUACCAACCGACAAUCCAAGCAAUCCUGAGCAAGAACAUGCUGGGCGUUAAUAAGACGGAGAUGCCCACUGCGCCGGUCUUUGUUUACCACGGGACGCAAGAUGAGGUCAUUCCUUACACUAAUGCGUCCACGAUGGUCAAGUCGUGGUGUAGCAAUGGAGUCGAUGUCAAAUUCACCACUUUCGCCACGGGUGGUCACGCGACAACGGAGGUGGUUGCUCUCCCGGAUGUGAUCAACUUUGUCAAAGCUGCCUUUGCCGGUAAAACGGCGAGCGGGUGUUCGAAGAACACCGAGCUUGGUAGUAUCCUCAAUCCCAUUGCCCUUGGUGUUGAGCUUGAGCCUAUCCUGACCAAGUUGAUUGAUGUGCUUUCCCACCUUGGUCAGAGUGAUUCGAAAGUCAAGCAAAAUUUGAAUGUGCUCAAUGAGGUCGUCACCUGGUGA